AUGAACCCCCUUAGACAAGCCGCCACGCGGUCGACAAGGCCAGCUUUCACAACAAGAAUCGUCUCUAGACCGACGUCCUCUGUCAAACAGUACUCGACCACACCACGGCUCCUUGCCACAACAGCACAGACGAAGGGCGAUCACAACGCGGUACACGCCGAGCACGAUCCACACCACGACUCCCACUACGAUCCACCAGGAGGCUGGCUAUGGGGGCUAAGACCAGGAGAGAAGGCAGAGAGAGAAGGAUGGGAGAUACCCCUCUAUUUCGGAUGUGCUGGUUAUGUGAUUGCAGUCAUUGCUUAUAGUAUGAAGGAAGAUACUUCGAUACAAACGUGGGCUUUAGAAGAGGCCAGAAGACGAUUGGAGGCCGAGGGCAUUCUGGAGGACCCAGACAACAAGCCAAGCUCAGGAAUAUAA